CAAAUGAUAACCUAUUAUUCAGUUUUCUUUUACAGCGUCUAUGUCUUCUGUGGCUACAUGUGUACAUUAAGAACAUAAUAGUACACACUAAAACACCUUCACAAGUCACCAUCUAUCACACGAGCUUCUCUCAUAAGAAGUACAGCUGGUCACGUGAACCUCUCCAGUCAACCCUGAAACUAUAACUUAAACACCAGGAAGAGAUCUGAACGGGGGACUUUGGGUUCGUCUCAUCCCUCAGGCCAGAGCCAGACAGGAACCUGAUGCACUAACUUCUGUUUUCCGUGAAACAUUCCUCUGAUGCACCUGCCAAACCAAGAAUGUGUCCACGGUUGAAUAGUCCCUCGCGUCGUCUAACCACUUUACCUCGACCUCGAUGGAAUAGAUGUGAUGGAGGAUGCGUGAGGACUUAGGAAAAGAGACUCCGACUGGCUACGUCAUCAUGUGACGGCAGAUGUUAUUGACGAGGGUCAUCUUACAUGAUUCCCCCGGUAGUUCUCACCGUGUUGUUUCAUGCAGGUUUAUAUAAACGUGCACAACACAGUGAAAAAUAUCACUUCAUUACUAAGGUCAGAAUAGACACUCAGCCUCCUGGAUCCCAGUUACAGUAUGAAAAUAAAAGUUAAAUGUAUGAAAGAUAAACAGAACAUGUUGCUACUGUUCAUAUCAUCAAUCUGAAGUUUCAAACAUCAUGAAUUAAAAACAUCUUCUGACUAAAAACGUCUCAUAUCCCUUUGUCUUGACAGACAGACUUCUGUGUUCUGUUUAAUAUGCAGAUGAUGAUCUAUUAUUAUCUUGUGAAUAUAACAGCUUAACAACCACCACACAACUCAGUUAACACCUUGAAAUGUCGACUUGUUUGUGCUUUAAAGUUGUUGCGGUUGAUCCAGACUGUGGGUCCGUGUUCCUCCGUCCAAACAUCUGUUCAACUCGUUUGAUAACAGGAUGAACAAAUAUACAUAAAACAUUAUUUUGUUGCUGUUUUUCAUGUGAAGAAACGUCGUCUGGAGGUUUAAAUAAGGUUGCUGCUGUGUCUCGUGUGUAAAUGUUCGCAGCGUCUGUCUCGAUGCAGAUAAACUCAAGCAGAAAUCCUUCCAGACACGCCGACAGGACCGAUCAAGGAAAGUAUAAAAGACUUGGUAAUUCUGAUAUCAAGGAAGAGGGACCUGCGGAGACGUACUUCUACAACCAUCUCACGCAAGAAGAGGCUCGUUCAUCUUGAAACAUGAGUAAGUUCAGUGUUGCAGGGAGCCAUCAGGACCAAGUGGACUCCAGGAUGGCAAAGAGGGACUACAGCAGCAGUACGGCAGCAGCAGGCCAUGAUAUCGUCGCUGACUGCGGCUCGUUCCGCUACGACAUGAACUACGCCUGCCUGGGAACCUGUGUGAUCAUCAACAAUAAGAACUUCAUCAGCCGUGAUCUGAGUGAUCGUGAUGGGACGGACGUCGAUGCCGAGUCUGCUAGGAAAACCUUCUCGAGACUGGGCUAUAACGUCAGAGUGGCCAGAAACCAGACUGCGCAGCAGAUGAAAACAAUGAUGUUUAACGUGUCACAAGAGGACCACAGCAGAAGUGCAUCAUUUGUGUGUGUGCUGCUAAGUCACGGAGAAGAAGGGAUGAUAUACGGCACCGACGUUCCUGUGAGAUAUGAGGAGCUGACAAAACACUUUAAAGGAUAUCGCUGCAAGAGUCUGGUGGGCAAACCAAAGCUCUUCUUCAUUCAGGCGUGCCGCGGUUCAAGCUGGGAUGAUGGAGUUCAGGUCGACUGCAUAGAGGAGCAAAGAUCAGCGAAGAUUCCUGUGGAGGCGGACUUCCUGUACGCCUAUUCCACCGCUCCGGGCUACCUGUCAUUGAGGAACGCGUCCACCGGUUCCUGGUUCAUACAGGCAUUGUGUGACAUGUUGCAGCGUCACAGUGGAAAACUGGAGCUGAUGCAUAUCAUGACUAGAGUCAACCACCAGGUGGCACUGUUCCAUAAACAGAAUCAGAUCCCCUGUAUUGUCUCCAUGUUGACUGAAGACUUUUACUUUCCUCGGUAGUCAGAUUUCUCCUCUACUUUAACUGUUGUCAUUCUUUUACCUACAAGAAACCAACUUGCAGUGGGAAACUGACAGCAGCACAGCUGUAAUGUGGUGACCAGGAGAACCCAAACGCACCAUCAGCUUUAGGACAAAAGGCAGCCAAUCGCUGCAGGUUUUGUUGAUUCUGAACUGUUUUUUAAAUGAUGAUGAGUAUGUUUUUGGUGUUGGGUCUUUUAGGAAAACCUGAACAACUUUCUGGGAUCAUUAUGUGUUGCAGAAAAAGAAACACACAAGGGUAUUGGGAACAUUUCUAGAGAUGUAUCUUUAAUAAGCCUGCUACACACUUUAUACAUGCUUUUAUUUUGUUGAUUCUGGGAAUGAAUUCAUAGUAAAUCCUUCAAAAAAAGGGCUUAAAAAUGGGGAUUUUAAUCGUUUUUGCUUCAUAAAUGUAUACUGUAUAAGAUAGACAAUGCAUUUUCUAAACAAUAAAUACACAAGCAUGAAAAGAAAGAUGACUGUGUCCUCAAACAUUAUUACGGUUCUGAGUUUCUAACCAGGCGGUCACAUGAAAUAAAUAACUGAUUUAAUAAUGUGUAAGCUACGCCUUUUACAAAUCAACUUAAACUGAGCUAAGCAACACAAUAAUAAUAAUUUAACGCAGUUAUGAAAAGUUUUAGUAGAUUAGAGAUUAAUUUUGUGUUAAUUAAUAUCCUCGUUGC